AUGGCCAGCCUCCUGUCUGCCUCGGCCUCGUCGCCGCUCGCUCCGCUCUACAGCUAUGCUCCGGCCGCGCUAGUUCACAUGCUCGCCGCCACGACGUUCCUGGUGACCGUCGUUGGCCUCGCUACCGUCAUCAGCCCCAAGUUCCGCUCCACUCUCGUCUUCUGCUACACCUGCUUCCUCCAGCCGCUCGGGAAGGUCUCCAACCAGGCCGAGCGGCUCGACCGCUUCUACGAAAAGCAGGCCGAUGUCUACGAUGCUACCCGGACCGGUCUGCUUCGAGGCCGCAAGACGAUGCUCAAGCUGUGCGCUGCUCAGCUGCGCGACAUGCAGGCAUCCAACCCUGGCAAGCCGCUCGUCUGGGUCGACAUUGGCGGCGGAACUGGCUGGAAUAUCGAGCAGAUGAACGAAUUCUUCCCGAUCGCCGAGCUCUCCCAGGUCUACCUGAUCGACCUUUGCGAGCCGCUGCUCGAGGUGGCGCGCAAGCGCUUCGCCGCCAAGGGUUUCACCAACGUCCGCGUCCUCUGCCAGGACGCCUCCGACUUUGUGCUGCCCGGCCUGGCCGCUGACCAGAAGGUCGACCUGUUUACGUGCUCCUACUCGAUCUCCAUGAUCCCGCCCUUCUACGCCGUGCUCGACCGCAUCAAUGACUUCCUCGACCCGGAGACAGGCGUGUUCGGCGUCGUCGACUUCUACGUCAGCGGCAAGGCCUCGCCCACGGACAAGGCGCCCUGGAUCGGCGGCGACACGCGCCGCCAGUGCGGCUGGCUCUCGCGCUGGUUCUGGAGCCUGUGGUUCUCGCUCGACCACAUCGAGCUCCACCCCGCCCGCCGCGACUACCUCGAGCACAAGUUCGGCACCAUCAAGUGCUACAACGGCCGCAACGACUUCAUCGUCCCCUUUAUCGUCCGCAUCCCCUACUACAUCUGGCUCGGCGUGUCGAGGCAGCGCGACACGACCAAGGCGCUCCAGGCGUUCGAGGUCGAGGCGGGCAACCGCGUCGUGGUGCCGCCCUCGUUCCCGGAGCUUACCAGCCUGCACGAUGGAUUCGCCGCCGACGCUGCUGGCGAGAAGAAGGGCGACGGCAUGACGACGGCGCUCCGCGACCUUCCCUCGGCGCUCGGCGGCGACAGUGGCUCCGACGUCACCUCGAGCCUGAUCCGACGCCGUGCCUCGGCCGCCACCGAGAGCAGCGGCAGCGAGUCCGGCAGCGAAAAGGCGGUCAAGCUGGACCUGGGCCCGUCGUUCCCGCUGAGCUCGUUCCACUACCAGAAGCGCCAGUGGCGCCUGCCGUUCAUCGACAACGAGUUCAGCGACAUGUUCCGCACGUGGAUCUACGGCUUCACCUGGGAGGACCCGCACGUCGACAUGGAGCACCUCGACCUGGGCCGCGACGACUCGAUCCUGUGCAUCACCAGCGCCGGCGACAAUGCGCUCCACUACGCCGUCGACGGCAAGCCGCGCCGGAUCCACGCCGUCGACAUGAACCCGUGCCAGGGCCACGUGCUCGAGCUGAAGCUGGCGUGCAUCACGGCGCUCGAGUACGACGAGAUGUGGGCGCUGUUCGGCGAGGGCAAGAUCGACAACUUCCGCCACCUGCUCGACACCAAGAUCUCGCCGUACCUGUCGUCGCACGCCUACCAGUUCUGGCGGCUCAACACGUCGGCGUUUGACAAGGCCUUCUACUUCCGCGGCUACUCGGGCCACGCGCUGCGCCUGGCCAAGAUCGCAUUUACGCUGACGGGCGUCAACCGGCACGUCAAGGCCAUGUCGCUCGCCUCGACGGUCGAGGAGCAGCAGCGGAUCUGGGACACCAAGCUGCGCUCGACGCUCAUCAACAAGCCGCUGAUCCGCCUCUUCCUGUCGAACCCGGCGUUCCUGUGGAACGCGCUGGGCGUCCCCAUGAACCAGUACCAGAUCUUCCUCGACGAGGGCAUCAGCGCCGAGCAGUUUGCCAUUGACACGCUCGACUCGAUUCCGUCGCGCUCGCUCAUCCGCGACUCCAACUACCACUACCAGCUGUGCCUCAACGGCAGGUACACGCGCGAGUCGUGCCCGCUCUACCUCAAGCCCGAGGGCUUCCGGGCGCUCAAGAAGCAGGCGCUCGAAGAGGGGCUCGACUCGUUCCGCCUGCACACCGACUCGAUUGUCAAUGUGCUGCGCGGCUUCGAGGACGAGUCGCUGACGCGCGCCAUCACCAUGGACCACAUGGACUGGUUCGACCCGGUGUCGGACAACGUGCCCGCGCCCUCGCUCAAGGCGGCCAGGCGGGACAGCGACAAGUCGGUCAGCGACCUGGACCGCGAGGUGCGCGAGCUGUCGCGCGUCGUGAAAAAGGGAGGCGCCGUCUUCUACCGCAGCGCGGCCAAGCGGCCGUGGUACAGCCGGCGCUUUGAGAAGAUGGGCUUCAAGGUGACGCCCGUCCACAUCCGCGAGACGGGCAAGCCCAUCGACAAUGUCAACAUGUACGCCAGCUUCUACAAGGCCGUCAAGCUCUGA